AUGCAUAGGAAACGGAUAGUUGAUGGAAUUCGUGAGCAAUCCAUGGGACAAUUUAAGGAAGAUAAAAUGAAUGGGAAAGGUACAUUUUUCUAUGAUGACGAAAAUACGUAUGCAGAAGAUUGGGCCGACGGUCUCAAAGAAGGUGAAGGCGUUUUUACUUGGAAGAAUGGUGAUCGUCAUGAGAUGGAAUAUUCGCAAAAUAUGUUUCUACUGACGGAUAGUCCAAAAGGAAUAUGGUCAAAUGAUACAUUGAUUUGA